CCAUGGCCGAGAAAUACGACGUGGUCGUGGUCGGGGGCGGCAUCUCAGGUUUGUCAGCUGCCAAAUUGCUGUCUGAGUCUGGGGUCAAUGUGGUGGUUCUUGAGGCCCGGAACAGAGUUGGAGGAAGGACAUUCACUAUCAGGAACAGUCAAGUUAAUUACGUAGAUGUUGGUGGAUCAUAUGUGGGACCUACCCAAAACCGGAUUCUCCGACUGGCAAAGGAGCUCGGUAUUGAGACCUAUAAAGUGAAUGUCGAGGGCCAUAUAAUCCAUUAUAAGGCGGGAAAGUCACGCUUUUUCACGGGUAUUUCCCCUUCAACAUGGAAUCCCUUAGUGUAUCUGGAUUACAAUAACUUCUGGAGGACCAUGGACAAGCUGGGAAAAGAGAUUCCUCUCGAAGCACCAUGGGACGCUCCUCAUGCUGAAGAAUGGGACAAAAUGACCAUGCAAGAGCUGAUAAAUAAGAUAUGCUGGACCAAAGCUGCUAAAGAAUUUGCCACCUUCUUUGUGAAUGUCAACGUUACAUCUGAGCCUCAUGAAGUCUCCGCUCUCUGGUUCCUGUGGUACGUGAGGCAGUGUGGAGGCACAGCCAGGAUUUUCUCUAUCACCAAUGGGGGCCAGGAGAGGAAGUUUAAAGGGGGUUCUGGUCAGAUAUCGGAGAAAAUAAUGGAACGCCUCAAAGGCAGAGUUAAACUGGAGAGAACUGUGGUCCGUAUUGAUCAGACAGGUGAUAAUGUCAUUGUGGAGACUCUAAACCAUGAGAUAUAUGAGGGCAAGUAUGUGAUCAGUGCUAUUCCUCCGAUCCUGACAACGAAGAUUCAUUACAAACCAGAACUGCCGCCAAAGAGAAACCAGUUAAUUCAGCGUUUGCCUAUGGGGUGUGUCAUAAAAUGCAUGGUGUACUACAGGGAAGCCUUCUGGGAGAGAAAGGGUUAUUGCGGUUCCUUCAUCAUUGAGGAUGAAGAGUCUCCAAUUGGAAUAACCAUAGAUGACACAAAACCUGAUGGAUCUUUCCCUGCCAUUAUGGGUUUCAUCCUUACCAGAAAGGCUGUUAAACUGGCCCAUCUCAGUAAGGAAGAGAGGAAGAAGAAGAUCUGUGAGGCGUACGCCAAGGCAAUGGGGAUGGAAGAGGCUUUACAUCCUGUGCAUUAUGAAGAAAAGAACUGGAGCAUGGAGCAAUAUUCAGGGGGGUGUUACACAGCCUACUUCCCACCAGGCAUAAUGUAUUCUUAUGGAAGGAUCAUUCGCCAGCCCAUUGACAGAAUCUACUUUGCUGGCACGGAGACAGCUACCCAAUGGAGUGGAUACAUGGAGGGGGCUGUACAGGCAGGAGAGAGAGCAGCCAGAGAGAUAUUGCAUAGUAUGGGGAGGAUCUCAGAGAAUGAAAUUUGGAUGCCAGAGCCAGAGUCGAAGGAUGUCCCAGCCCGACCAUUCACCACCAGCUUCUGGGAGAGGAACCUGCCGUCCGUGCCAGGACUACUGUGCCUGCUUAGCUCUACCGUGUGUUUCACCUCUGUGGCUGCUGCGGGGCUGUUUGCCUAUAAAAAGGGACUACUAAUUCGAAAGUAGUGGGGACCACACGUCCAGUGGAAGCUGCAUACUCCCUCUUCUUCCCUUUUACCAGAUGAGUGUUACUUUUGAAGAGAAGUGGCAUGGACAGCUGGAAAGGUCAAUAGUUGUUCUUGUGAUUUUUCUUUUGAGUACCAUAAUUCACGCAUCAAAUCUAUAGCAGUUGCUACCAGCUAAACAGAAAUAAAUCAACUGUGGGAGCGUUCUUCAAAUUUGCCUUUUCCUUGUCCAUUUGUUUUGAUUGGACAUGAUAAUAUCGAUGGUAUAUUCCU